GCUUCUAUGAAAGAGCAGCCAUGGGACCACCGUCGUAAUUCUUCGCCUCUGCGAGGGUCAUUACAGUAAUCUCCGAGACGAAGCAAGAGAAAAGAAGAGCAUGGUUUCGCACUGAAUGAAACCGGGGAAAAGGAGAAUACAGCCGUUGUGGAGUGCGAGAAGAGAAUCCGGACCCCAAAUGAUCUGAGCCAACAACAAACCUCCGAUUCCUUCCGAUUUUUCCGAAUUGCCCCUUCGUCUCUCUCGUUCUGGUACGUCCCCUCUGGCUCUGCUCAUUCCCGAGGCCAUGUUUGGAGAGAAAGACCUCUCUAACGGUGGUCAUAGCAGCAGCUUCACCGCCCAGAAGAUCGUCUUUGGGCAAAGCAAGGGAAACCCAGAUGCGAAAAUGGCCUCUAGAGAAGAGGGGAUGGAUCUUUUCAAGAGCUCGAAGUUGGGGCUUGAUGGGUUCCAAUCAAGGAGCUCGAGGACCGGCAAUUCGGGAUCGCAGCAAGAGCUGACCUUCAGCUACAUGUGCGACAAUUCCAAGUUGGGUUUUCUCGGGAAGGACGAUCCCGGCGAUAUUUCGCCGGAAAAAGCGAGCUUCAAGGGGAAGGGGAUCGCGUUGGGCUCUGAGAAUCUGAGCAAGGACGGUGGUGAUUGUGAUAAUUGCGUGGAGAGGGAUUUCAUGAAUUUGAGCGGUGGUGGAAGCAGCAGGUGGAAUAUCUCCAAGAGGGAGGCCGAGGAGGAGAUUGAGAGGGAAAACAGGGACAAGAAGACGAAGCUCGAGACUCUCAACCUCUCUCUGGCUUUGCCCGAUGUGUCUCUCUCCCUCACUGCCUCCAACGCCUUGCAGAAUGCUGACCCUCCUCCUGCUCAGCCGAAACCCACCAGGUCCACCAACACGAACACCACUUACUACUCCAACGACUUCACCGCCCCGUCGAUGUCCUACUCGUACUCGCACCCUCUUUCGCACAAUCCCAGCUGCUCGCUCACUCGUAAUUCGACGGAGAACUACGACUACUCUGUGGGUAAAGAUGACCAGAUAUGGUAUGGAGGGGAGGGGACGAACGGGUCGGUACAUAGUCGGUUUAAGCCUCUCGGUGAUGGGAGUGUUGCUUUGUCUAAUCAUGGAGGGGGAGGUAAUUUCUUGAUGCAGGGGGCUUCGAACAGCUUCUAUAGGCCUACUAAUUCGGAUAACCACUCUUAUUUCCCAUCUGAAUUGCCGGCUCGGCCGAGGAAAGAUACGGUAUCGGGCGAUUCGAGAGGGAGGAAUUCGGAUCAUUUGAGAGAUCUGGAAUGUAUGAUAGGGGACAGAGCACGGAGGCUCUCGAGGCCGGAGAAGAUUGUACGCGAAAUAGUGUUGGAGUCUAUUCCCCUUAUGGCUCAGACUGUGCAGGAGUUGUCUGACGAAGUGCUGGAAUCCACUAAGGAGUACUUGAGAACCCUGGUCGCCGCACCAGAGAGGGCAGAAGAAUUAGCUGGCCUGCAGAAACGGCUGAACAAAAGGUCUGACCUUACCAAGGAGACCCUGUCAAAGUGCAACAAAGACCAGUUGGAAAUUUUGGUUGCCGUUAGGACAGGGCUUGGAAGCUUUUUCUCAGGGAAGAAUAGGCUUCCUACUGGAGAAUUGGUGGAUAUUUUCCUGUUUCUGAGGUGUAAAAACGUGAACUGUAAGAGCUUCUUGCCUGUUGAUGAUUGUGAAUGCAAGAUAUGCUCAAGCAAUAAGGGAUUUUGCAGUUCUUGUAUGUGUCCCAUUUGUCUUAAGUUUGAUUGUGCUAGUAAUACUUGCAGUUGGGUGGGGUGUGAUGUGUGUUCUCAUUGGUGUCAUGCUGCUUGUGGCAUUCAGAGAAAUCUGAUCAGGCCAGGUCCGAGCUUGAAAGGACCCUCGGGGACUACCGAGAUGCAGUUUCACUGCAUUGGCUGUGAUCAUGCUUCAGAAAUGUAUGGUUUUGUCAAGGACGUAUUUUCCUGCUGUGCUAAGGAUUGGGGUCUAGAAACUCUGGUGAAAGAGCUUGAUUGUGUGAGGAAGAUUUUCAGGAAUAGCGAAGACCGCAAGGGCAAGAAGCUGCAUGUGAAGGCGGACGAGUUGCUUUUGGAGCUUGAAAGCAAAGCAGUUUCUCCUUCUGAUGCCUGCAAUAUACUUAUGGAGUUCUUUACAUACAUAGAUGGGAUUUCAGAUUUUUCCGCACCUAGUGCAUUUGUGAAGCCGCAGAUAGAAAGUGCCCGAAGAGACCCGGCAUUUCGCCCGCAAUCCACCUACAUGAGGCCUUUGGCUCCCAGUGAGACGCCGAGCAAUUCGCACAAGGAGCUAAAACCAUCCUUGACGAGCGAAUUGACAGCCGAGGAUGAUUUGAGAAGUCUAUUGAGAAAAGACUCAUUUGACAGCUUGGAGAGUGUAAUACGGAUCAAAGAAGCAGAAGCGCAGAUGUUUCAAAGCAAGGCAGACGACGCAAGGAGAGAGGCGGAAGGGUACAAACAUAUGAUCCAGAUGAGCAUAGAGAAGCUCGAGGAAGAGUAUGCUCAGAAGCUGGCGAAGCUGUGCCUGCAAGAGACCGAGGAACGGCGGAAGAAGAAAUUGGAGGAGUUGAAGUGUCUGGAGAAUUUGCACUGCGAUUACCAGAACAUGAAGAUAAGGAUGCAAUCUGAGAUUGCUGGCUUGUUGGAGAGAAUGGAGGCUACAAAGAAACAGCUUAUGUAAUUUUUUCUUUGCCUUUUCUUUCCCCCCCUUCUUUCCGUAUUUCUUGCUAUUUGUCUGCUUCCAUAGGUAUCUAAACAAGUUACCUUAUCAGUCUUGAAUGUGCAUCUUCUUUUGAGGGGAUGAUUGGGCUGUUCAUAAUUUUGAUGCAAAAAUCAAGUUGACCUUUUAGUUAGUUUUCUGAA